AUGUCACGAUUGCCGCAUGUCUGCGGUCUCUGUUUGCUGAUUCGACUUUGGCAGCUCUUGGCCUUGGCUCCUUUCCGGAUUCAGGGUCAAAGGGGAGCCAGGUGUCAUCGUUUGGUUACCCUGAGUGGGAUCUUGAGAUGGCUCCUGCUCACAUCCUUGGCACCUGUGCUCCUGUGGCAAAGCGCCGCCAUGUACGAGGCCACCAAUGUCCGGCAUUCGGCGAUCUUCAGGGGAAUUGCAUUGGCCACAAUGACGGGAGAUGUGUGCAUAUCCUUGGGUAUCCUGGGCGCCCAUCUCUAUCGUCGGCAGGAUUUGGCUCAUUUGGUGGGGUCUCUGGCCAAGUUGCAUCGUCGACGGAGGCUGAGCUGGUGGAGUACACUGUUCCUGUGGCUAAAGCUGCUCCUCUCCCUCUACGAGUUACUGUGCAAUGUGCCCUUUCUUCAGGGUGCCGGAGGACGCCUGCCCUGGUCACAGCGCCUGGCCUAUGGCCUCCAGCUCUACGUGCAACAUGUGAGCAGUGUCUAUGCGAAUGGAGUUUUUGGGGGAAUGCUCCUGAUCCUGGAGUGCUUUGGGCAGCAGGAACGUGAGCAGGAACCCAGUUUGGGGCAACUAUUGCGUAGGGAACGCAGGUGGACGAACUUGUUGCUGAGAUUCGUGAAGGUAUUUCAGCUGGGCAUCUUUCUGCUGGUCAUCGGAUACUUUGUCAACAUUCUGGCCAAUAUGUAUGCCUUUAUGUCGUACUUUGUGUCGCAACAUGGUGUUCCCCUUACGAUAUCCAACAACUGUCUGAUUGUGACCCUGCAGCUGUAUGCCUUGAUUUUGGCUGCUCACCUUUGCCAGGUGAAGGCGAGUGGCUUGCGUAGGCAGUGUCUGGAACUGGCUUAUACUCCUCAAGGACUCACACAGGAUCAGGCGGAAGCUGGAACGUCUUACCCUUUGGUCUCACCCACAGGCAGUCACAAGUUCCGAGUGCUGGGUCUCUUCUCGUUGGACAACUCUUUUUGGCUUUUCCUGGUCUCUUACGCCAUGAAUUUCAUUGUGAUUAUUCUGCAGUUCACCCUAGAGCAUAUGAAGAACUCAAGGUCGAACUCAGAUCAUUGA